CUUUCGGUCUGCGCUUCACCUCGCCGCCGCCGCCGCCGCCGCCGUCCCCUCGUCGACGCAGCCAUGUCGGCGUCGCAGCAGAGGAAGCACGAGGUGGACCGCGCGACGGUGGCCUGGGCCGUGGCAGCCCUGUCCAAGUGGAUGCGCGCGCGUGCCGCGGAGCUGCCCGCGAACCUCCUCACCGACGAGCGCGACGACCUCCUGAUCCUCCAGCUCUCCCUCCGCCGAAUCCCCGCCUCGCCGGCCACCAAGCCGCGCCUCCUCCCGCUGCCCCACCCCGUCCUCCCCGCCGACUCCGCCUCCGUCUGCGUCAUCUCCGACGACCGCCCCAAGUCCCGCUCCCCGGCCGCCUCCGACCUCGUCGACGCGUCCAGGUCCCACCACCUCCCCGUCUCCGAGGUCAUCCCCCUCUCCACCCUCCGCACCGACUACCGCCCGUACGAGUCACGCCGCCGCCUCGCCGCCUCCCACGACCUGUUCAUCGCCGACCGCGCCGUCCUCCCGCUGCUCCCGCGCGUCCUCGGCAAGGCCUUCUACUCCACCAAGAAGGCCCCUAUCGCCGUCGACUUCGCCCGCACCGGGUGGCCGGAGCAGGUCCGCAAGGUGAUGAACUCGACUCUGCUGUACCUGCGGUCGGGCACCUGCUCUGGCAUCAAGGUGGGCAGGCUAGACAUGAAGGAAGAGGACAUCGUGGAUAAUGUGAUGGCGGCAGUGGCGGCGGCCGUGGAGAAGGUGCCGAAGAAAUGGGCGAACGUGAGGGCACUGCAUUUGAAGGCGGUGGAUUCGGUUGCGCUGCCAAUUUACCAACUCGUGCCGGAGUUGGGCAUGAAGAUUGAGGUCCCAGUCACGCCGCAAUUGGAGGGAGAAGGUGGUUCUGGGGAGAUCGUCGAUGCCGCGAAAGUUGGAACUCCAGUGAAGAAGAGUAAGGGCAAGAAGGUGGCAUUGAAAUAUGUGAAAGGUGAAGGUGUUGAUGAAGCUGCAAAAGGGAGUGGCAAAAGGAAGAGAGGUAAGAAGCAACAAGCCGAGCAUUUGACUGAGAAAAGGAAGAAGGCGAAGGGUACCUCUGCCGACGAGACAGAGCUGAAGGCUAGCAAGAAGGGUAAAGAAAAGAGCAUGAGUGCACUGGGCAAUCAGGAGGAGGAUCAAAGUGUGGACAAAAAGAAGGGCAGGAGGAGGAAUGAGCCUGCAUUGGAGGAAGUCAGCAACAAGAAAAAGAAGGCCAAGAAGGAAGAUAGCACACAUACAUUGAACGAGUUGGAGAAUGAUAUCGUGGAGAAGAGCAGCAAGGUGAAGAAGUCAAAUGGUAAGACAAGGAGUAAGUUAAGGGUAUAGGUUACAUUGGCUUAGUAGGGUACAAGUUACAUUUGCUUGCCCUGAAUGAGAUGCUUGUGACAAUUGUUAGAUCGACAGUGUCGCUAUAUUCAGUGUGUUGAUUAGCUGGUCUAAUCUGAUUGUUAUCACCUGGGAGAAGAAUUAUGCCACUGUCAAGUUUUGGUAGCCUGUACUUGAUAAGAUCACCGAUCUGCGUAAUGUUCUACUUUGUGUGCACCGGAGGUGUCUUCAAAAGUGUAUCCUUUUGUUUUUGUUAGCUCACUGGUCCGUCUUCAGGUUAAAAAUAGUAUGUUAAACUGUUUCGCGAUCCAUUUGCUUUGCAUCAAUUUUGUGCUCUAUGAAUAUGUUUCUGCUGUUGUCUUCUCCGAAUUGCUCAGCCGAUCUAGCAUAUCCUGAGAAAAAAUAGUGGUGCUUAGUGUAGAUGCUGUAGUCACUGUGUUUGCAUGACUUGUGAGGCGAUGAAAUUGAAUUGCCGGAUACUGUUACGCCCUCUGUGUUGUUGCCCCCUUCUUCUGUUCUCUGGAUCUUCAAGCACAGAGAAGUGAAAUU